AUGGCUACGAAGAUGGUUGCAAGUGCAACUGUGAGGGCUGUUAAGAAACGAAUGCUGCCUUCCCGGGCCGCACUCGUACUUACUCAAGCUGCCGUGAACAAAGUUAAAGAGAUUAUGGAAAAAGAAGAAGCUAAAGGAUAUGUAGGUCUGAAAGUUGGUGUCCGGCAAAGAGGCUGCAAUGGUCUGUCAUACACUCUAGAUUAUGCAAAGGCUAAAGAUAAAUUGGAUGAAGAAGUUAAACAGGAUGGAGUCACAAUAAUAAUUGACAAGAAAGCUCAGUUAACAUUAUUAGGUACUGAAAUGGAUUAUGUAGAAAACAAACUGUCUUCGGAAUUUGUAUUCAAUAACCCGAAUAUUAAAGGAACCUGUGGAUGUGGAGAAUCCUUUAGUAUAUAAACAAAUUUUAUUUUAAAUUAGUUCUAUUUUAACUUGAAGCACUUGAAGGUGUCAGUAAACAUAUUUAUUCUUGACUGCUUGCAAAGCGUACUAAAAAAUAACAGUUUAAAAUGAAAAACUUUGCGAGUAUCAAAAAUUUAUUUAUCAGAAAUAUAAAUAAUCUGUCAGUAAACAUAUUUAUUCUUGACUGCUUGCAAA